UCCGGAGUGGACAGAUGGGCUGGGGGACACAGGAUGGCAGACCUAAUAGGAGUAUCUAACGGGACAUGCGGACGGGCUGAAUUCUUCUAAUAUUUCAGUUGCUGCUUGUGUCAGUGCGAGGCCUUGCCAUGCCGUUGGUAAAGAGGAACAUCGAGCCCCGUCACCUCUGCCGAGGGGAGCUCCCUGAGGGCAUCGGCAGCGAGCUUGAGUGUGUGAUGAACAACACGCUCUCUGCCAUCAUUCGUCAGCUCAGCAGCUUGAGUAAACAUGCUGAGGACAUAUUUGGCGAACUGUUUAAUGAGGCCAAUAUCUUUUACCUGCGUGCCAGCUCUCUCCAGGACCGCAUUGACCGGCUGGCCGUCAAGGUCACACAGCUGGACUCCACUGUGGAGGAAGUUUCCCUGCAAGAUAUCAACAUGAGGAAAGCCUUCAAAAGCUCUACUACUCAGGACCAGCAGGUGGUGUCCAAGAGCAGUGUGCCCAAUCCUGUCAAGGAGAUGUACAAUCUGGGCGACAAGCCUCCUCCACUCAGCAUCCUCUCACCGUACAGAGAUGAUCACAAGGAAGCACUAAAGUUCUACACUGAUCCCUCAUACUUCUUUGACCUGUGGAAGGAGAAGAUGCUGCAGGACACUGAGGACAAGAGGAAAGAGAAGAGGAAGCAGAAGGAGCAGCGGCGUUGUGUGGAUGGGACAUUACAGAGGGAGGUGAAGAAGGUCCGUAAGGCGAGAAACCGUCGGCAGGAGUGGAACAUGUUGGCUCUGGAUAAAGAGCUGAGACCGGACCAUCGACACACCAUACACCGCGACAGAGGGGCUUCAUCUGAGAGCUCAGUAUCGCCAGAGAACAGGGGUCAUGGUCUUGAUCAGCAUCAUCACUACCCCAACACCAUGAACCAUGCUGGUCAUGCCCACACCUACUCUGGCCCUCCGCCCAGCAUCCUGGCUGCUCAGAUGGCCACUCGUGGUGGAGGUGAGCAUGACAACAGGGGUAGGACAAUAAUGGCCUAUCAGGGAGGGACACUGGGCCGAUCUCACCACCACCAAGUGCUGCUGCCUCCUCCACCUACUGAAGCUAUGAAUGGUGGCUCCAUGCCCCUUCCACCAGUGGACUACAGUAUGGAUGGUUAUGCCAACACUGGCCCCCCGCCCCCUCCCCCAGCCCCUCUCAUUCCUUCUUCCCAGACCGCUUUUGCCUCACCUCCUGGAGGCCCAGCACCUUCUGGGCCAAUGGCUGGGGCUGGGAGCUUAGCUCCGCCCCCGCCACCGUCCCAAGCAACUCCAGCACCUCCUGGUCCUCCACCUCCCCCGCUUCCAGCUGGUGCCUCCCACUCCACAAGCCACAAGAUGUCCUCCUCUGCACCUGCUGAGGCCACAGUGGUCAGUGAUGCCCGCAGUGAUCUGUUGGCUGCUAUACGUAUGGGCAUCCAGCUGAAGAAGGUGCAGGAGCAGCAGGAGCAGCAGGCCAAGAGGGAACCAGUUGGAAAUGACGUGGCCACCAUACUGUCACGGCGCAUCGCUGUGGAAUACUCCGACUCCGACGACUCCGAGUUGGAGGACAAUGAUUGGUCGGAUUAACACACACAAACAAAUGGGAUAACUACUGAAGAUACACACAAUAAAAAGGCACACAAUCAUUUGAAAAAAUGCUUAUUGUAUCACACUUACAGGCUGUCACACACUUUGUUGCUGAAAACACACACUCAUACACCUACACACAUUCACAUUCUGUAGGUUGAUAUAAGCUCAAUGGUCCAAAACUGGACAUCAGGGGAUGCAUUCAAGACGCACCAACACUGUAAAGAGACUAUUAAUAUACUUUAAUGCUGACCGCUCUGUGAAACACUAACAUUCAGUCUGAUGAUUGUACAGGUUGUCAAAGCCUUGUGACUACACCCCUGUGGAUGUUUCUCUACCUGGUAUAAGACUAUAGUCACCCUGUAAAGGUGCUUAUUUCAUGUAUAGUUAAAGCUUGAGAAAGUUAGAAGAAAUAGAAACUUUCCUCUUGAGCUGACCAAUGUACUUGUCUUUUUAAAAUGUUUUUACUCAAACACUUGUGUAUGCCAUAGAUCGCGAGGCAAAUUUUUAAUAUGUAGAUGAGUGGAAGUGGAGGAGUAAUUGUAGCGCUAAGUGGUCGCUGUGGUCAGCGAUUCAAUGGAUGCAGGCCACUAAAAACCAUUUGAAAUGCUGUGGUCUUAAAAGUCUUAUUGGUUGUAAAUAUGAUUGUCAUCUGUGCCUGCAGUCGCUCGCUGCUGUGCUGGAUGGGAUGGGGGGGGUGUACAUGCUAACAUGAGCUCUGUAACCUCUGGGUAAAAUAAAAUGAUGAAUGAAGCCUCGUG